AUGGCACGGUUCCAAGCUGCCGUCGAGCGUGAUGGUAGUCGUACUGCUUGGAAUUGCAUGACAGUCGCGCUUUGGCAAAAUGGGUUGACUCCGGAAGUUCGUACGCUUCAACGGGGAUACACUCCCGUGAAGUCACUCAAAGAGGCCAUUGAUAGAGCGCGUCGUCUUGAGGAGUCGGAACCCGUCAUCACUGUUUCGGCAACUCACUCCGUAUCGUCUACCACCACUCGUGCCGCGGCUGUGUUCCAGGCGCGUCCUAAACAGAGGGUGACUUUCAAACAGUCACCCACCCUGCGUCCGCCGACACAACAGCGUGGAACACCCGCAGCUCGUGGCCGAGGUUCGGGUAGAGGUGGUGGUCAGCGUCGACCGUCGUUCGAUCCGUGCACCCACCCCUCCUGUCGGUCGCACAAGACUCACCCGAUCGAGCGCUGCUGGGUGAGGAUCGCGGAGGAAGAAGAGCGUCAGGGUCGUUCCGCAUCGAAGCGGUCCCGUAAAGAUCGUCGGCGAAAGCAGAAGGACGAUUCGUCGGACUCCGAAUAGGGGUGCCCAGGUGUUGUGCCCGCAAUACUUGGGAAGAAAUCUGCUGCUGCCGUAGUAGUUUGCAGUAAGGGCGUGAAAAGAUCUUUUGAUCAUUUUACGUCACUUGCACGUUCGUCUAUGUCGUCUAGUACUCCGAGUUAUAGAUCGUGUCCGAAGAGUACAAAUCGACUUGUAAAUAAGGCACAUGCGUCCCCUGUCGUAGAACAACCACAUAGAAGGUUAGAGCGUUCAGUGAACGCAGCCGAUUUAGACGUGGUUGAUAGAGAGUCCCCUGUGGCAUCACGUGACCGUCAGAGUGCCAAGAAAACAAGGGCCGACAGGAUUGUUGCCGUACCGGAAAAAGUAUCGGAGCGUAAGAAGAGGAAGAGGAAGUCGGAUGGAAUUAAACAACGUGUUUCGUGGUACAGCUCAGCGCUGGCGCGGAAAAAACCGUCUCUGUCUCUG